GUGUGCGUGCGUCUACUUUGUACUGCGAAGAACACAGCCCAUGUGCUCUGCAUGGACAUUCCUGCUACUCUGUUGAGCUUGAUUCUCGACAAGCAGGCAAGAUGUCCAGCACGCCACAUGACCCCUUCUAUUCUUCUCCUUUCGGCCCAUUUUAUAGGAGACAUACACCUUACAUGGUACAGCCAGAGUACCGAAUCUAUGAGAUGAACAAGCGACUGCAGUCUCGUACAGAGGAUAGUGACAACCUCUGGUGGGAUGCGUUUGCCACGGAGUUUUUUGAAGACGAUGCCACACUAACCCUUUCCUUUUGUUUGGAAGACGGACCAAAGCGAUACACGAUCGGCAGGACCCUCAUCCCCCGUUACUUUAGCACUGUGUUUGAAGGAGGGGUGACCGACCUGUAUUACAUUCUCAAACACUCGAAAGAAUCAUAUCACAACUCAUCCAUCACGGUGGACUGCGACCAGUGUGCCAUGGUCACCCAGCACGGGAAGCCCAUGUUUACCAAGGUAUGUACAGAAGGCAGACUGAUCUUGGAGUUCACCUUUGAUGAUCUCAUGAGAAUUAAAACAUGGCACUUUACCAUCAGACAAUACAGAGAAUUAGUCCCAAGAAGCAUUCUAGCCAUGCAUGCACAAGAUCCCCAGGUCCUGGAUCAGCUGUCCAAAAACAUCACCAGGAUGGGGCUAACCAAUUUCACCCUCAACUACCUCAGGUUGUGUGUAAUACUGGAGCCAAUGCAAGAACUCAUGUCCAGACAUAAAACCUACAACCUCAGUCCACGUGACUGCCUGAAGACCUGCUUGUUCCAGAAGUGGCAGCGGAUGGUGGCACCCCCAGCAGAACCCACAAGGCAACCGACCACAAAACGGAGAAAAAGGAAAAACUCCACUAGCAGUACCUCCAACAGCAGCGCUGGGAACACAGCCAACAGCUCCAGCAGCAAGAAGAAGACCCCGGCCCCCAACCUGAGCCUUUCCAGUCAGGUACCUGAUGUGAUGGUGGUAGGCGAGCCAACUCUGAUGGGAGGAGAGUUUGGGGACGAGGACGAAAGGCUAAUCACUAGAUUAGAAAACACGCAGUAUGAUGCGGCCAACGGCAUGGACGACGAAGAAGACUUCAACAAUUCCCCCGCCCUGGGAAACAACAGCCCUUGGAACAGUAAACCACCUGCCAUUCAAGAGACAAAAUCAGAAAACCCCCCACCCCAGGCCUCCCAGUAAGAGCAUCCUGUCCCCCAAUCUACUCUCAGUAGACCAAGGCUUCCGGAUUUACUGUUCCAAAUCUUUACAGACAGGAGAGAAAAGAGAAGUACAAAAUCUCGUGUCCAUGUCAAUAUCCAUAUCUUAGCCACAAUGAUCUGAUUUUCUUUCACUUUUUUUAUUAUUAUUAUUAAUUGAGAGGAUCAUUCCAAUUAAGCUCUUAUGACCCUUCCUUGGAGGUCUUUGCAGGUAACACAUCCAUCCGUAUACAGGCACAGAUUGUAAUUAAGGCAACAAAUGCUAGCGUAGCGCCUGCUAGGGUUUUUUUCACGCCAGGUUUGUGUUGAAUUUCCUUUUCACGCAUCCAACAAAGGCCAUAUUCCCCAUAAGCCCUGAGUGCUCAGGAUCCCAUGAGUUAUGCCGAUGACUUUUUACUCUUGUAAAAUAGUUUCUGCUUUUCAACUUGCAUCUGAAAGUUUCUUGUUUCUGUAAAAAAAGAAAAGAAAAAAAAAAUCCACUUUCGGAGAGUAAUUUCCAUGGACCUUACUUUUCCUUUUCUUCACAUUUGCUUUCACUGGAGAACAACAGCUAAGAGGGCCCAGCAAAGACACUGAUGGUUGCACAGAUGUCUUUUGGUUCUGGAAUAAUUUAGCCUGAGAGUUGGCACAAGAAAGAUCUUUUGGUCAUUAAGGACCCAAAGGCAGAUUUUUAUGUGAAGAAAGACACUUGGCCCCAGGAGAAUGUAUACAUUGCUUUUGAUCCAAAUAUUUUCAAGCCAUGUAAUCCAUUAAUUUUGUGGGCAGUUUAAUAAAUUUGAAACUUUUUUGUGUUUUGUUUUAAUUAUUAUUAUGAUUGUACCUGAGUUGACUGUUCUUUCUUUCCACAGUAUAUUUCUUGUAUAAUAUUUUGUAAAGCCCUCAGCUGAUUAUUUGAUGGGGACUUUUCUCUUUGGGGCAAUUCCAGUGUAUUUAUGUGAAACUUUAUAAGAGAACUAAUUUUUCCAUUUGCAUAUUAAUAUGUUCCUCUACACAUGUUAAGACACAGUGGCUCCGUGUGUUAUCAAACAGCUGUAUUUUAUGUAUGCUUUACUGAUAAGUGUGCCAAUAAUAAACUGUGUUAACAACCAA